UGGAAAGUACGGAACUUCAAGGUAGUCGGUUGAGGCGAUCGAUUGUGUCGCAGUAGAAGAAGGGCGAUUUCGUGGCUGUAUGCGCGAGCUGAGAAAAGGACACGUCUAAAUUUUCGAUGCUGAGGUAGCGGGGAACCCUCUGGCACUAUGAAUAACGAACUGCUUCUCAGAAUUGAUGAGGAUCUGGACUCUGAAGAUGUCGCAGCGCUUAAAUUCCUGUGCAGAGAUCAUAUCCCCUUAAAAAAGCUGGAGGCUGUGCAGGAUGCACGUGACCUGUUCUUGAGGCUGGAGGACCAGGGGCUGUUGGGAGACGAUGACUUGAUUGUAAAAGAGUUGCUGCUCACGAUCCGACGCUUUGACCUGCUCCGGGUUUUAGGGACCAGCCCAAACCAAGUACAGAAUCUGCUGCAGCUCUCUAGUCAUACAACUUCAGGAAUAUCUUCCUACCGGAAAAUGCUGUAUGAGCUGUCCGAAGAUGUGACUGAAGACGAUCUGGAUUCCAUCAAGUUCCUCCUCAAUAUCCCACGUGGUAGACUGGAGCUUUGCACGACCUUCCUGGAUGUGCUAGUGGAGAUGGAGAAACAGGAACUUCUCAGUGAGGACUCUCUCACCGAGUUAAAGCGUGUGUUUUCCCACUGCAAUAAACAGCUUGCUAUGAAAUUGCAACAAUAUAUUUCAGGGUACAGAAUUGCAGAACCUUUCCCUGUGCCUGGGUACCAGUAUAGGGAUGCUGAAACAAAUAAGAUUAAUCGUUCUCACCAAGUCCAGAACCCUCUUCCAGAAGUGUUUCCCAGCAAUCAACAUGAACAACCAGCCUUAUCGCUGGAUGCACAGCAAAGUAGCUCAUAUGAUGCGGAGGAAGUUUACAGCAUGACCCACCGGCCACGUGGUUACUGUCUCAUUAUCAACAACUUUAACUUUGAGGAGGAAAGUAAAAAUAUAAUUGGACUGCGGAAUCGCAGAGGAACACACCGAGAUGCAGAGGACCUGACUGAUGUCUUCCGCAGCCUUCACUUUGAAGUACAUUUAAAAGAGGACCUGACUGCCAGUGAGAUAUUGAAAGUAGUGAAAAAGUUUGGCCAGAUGGACCACAGUACAAGGGAUGCCUUUGUAUGCUGUGUCCUGUCCCAUGGUGAAAAGGGGUCAGUAUAUGGCACAGAUGGGCAGCUGGUCUUAAUUCGCGAUGUCACCCUCCCCUUCACCUGCAGCCAGUGCACCUCCUUGGCCAAAAAACCCAAGCUCUUCUUCAUCCAGGCAUGUCAAGGCAAGGCCAAGCAGUGUGGAGUAAGCAUCCAAGCAGAUGGGGAAGGAGAUGAACAGGAGGCGGAGGAGCUAUAUGAUACAGACGCGAGAUGUGUCGUACCUGAAUUGGCCUCUGAAACAAUUCCCGACGAUUCAGACUUCCUUCUCGCUAUGGCUACAGUGGAGGAUUACAAGUCCUUUCGCAGCAUCAAAGAGGGCUCGAUUUUUAUCCAGGAGCUUUGCCGUCAGCUGAAGACCGGCUGUGCCAGGAACAUGGAUAUCUUGACAAUCCUGACCAGGGUGAACCGAAACGUAAGCAUUGGCGUCUACCUAAACAGCAAACAGAUGCCAGAGCCCAGGUACACGUUGACUAAGAAGCUGGUGCUACCCUUGGACUGAAAGAUGUUCUGUGGGCUUCUGGCUGCUCUUGGAGAGAACCUUCCCUUGGACAGAGCAGGAACAGCUUACUCAAAAGAAUAACCCUGACCCCCCCCCCCCCCCAUUGGUGAACCUGCUUUGUCUGAACAGAGCCUCUUAAAAUAGCAGCCUUUCUCAAUUCAGGUAGCAAGACAGAUGAAUGUUGGUUUAGCCUUUGUUUCUUUUUUGUAAAAUUAGUGCUUAUUGUGUCAAUAAUAGGAAGUGUGGAUUGGUGUAAGUGCGUAAGAUGUAUAAAUAUUAAAGAAUUAGUUCUUUACUAAAAGUUUGUAGGGUGAGGGUUUUUUUUUUAUUUUAUAAAACCCUUUUAACA